AAUUCUCGGCAGUCAGUAUUCUUGCUUCACUCAUAACUCGUGGUUGGAACAUAAUUUCAUAAAUCCGUGAAAAUUCACCGUACUCGUAGUGUUGCACAGUGUUUCUGAAUUGCUGAUCCUGAUCGAACAUGCAGCGUAUACCGGCCGUCUUAUCGCGGAACAUGGCGUUCCUGAGCCAUAUGAGAAUGUCCGGUGAACCAGGUAGCGGAGCUGGAAAGGGAGGUGGUGGCGGUGGCAGUAUCAGGGAAGCCGGUGGAAGUUUUGGCAAAAUGGAAGCAGCGCGCGAGGACCAAUAUUUCUACAAUCAGCAAAAAGAGCAGCUGAAAAAUCUGCGUGACGGUCUUCACGAUGAGAUCUCUUUUCACGAGGAACAGAUAAAGCGUCAUCAGGAGGCCAUAGAACGCCACAAGAAUCGAAUUGGAAAAAUGGAGAAGUAAAAAUGUCUGGAGGAGUUGUCGAAUAGUAUGAACCGCCAUACAUCAAAUAAAUCAUUGUAUUUUGAAAGUCAAUGAUAGACAAUGAAAUCUUGAAUUGAUUUUUUUUUUUCUUAACUAUUAUAUCUUUAAAUAUUACGUAGAAAUAAAGUAUACAGCUUUUCAUAGUUAAAAAACUUGUAAAAACUCAAAUUUCAUCA